CAAGCCUUCAUAAAACAAUUACUAAAUAUCAUGUCAUGAUCAUCGAAUCGAACUUAUAGUUACAGGCUGAAACCUUUUGUCUUGUGCAUCAAACUUAGAAUCAGGCUAAUAUAGUUCCAAAAACCCUUAAAUUAAUUCCUUUUUCUACCCUAUAAAAGAGUCCUUGACCAGCUGUGAGCUCUGCAUCACAAGUUUUUCUUAAUUUGUCUCUCUAUUUCUUGUGUUCUUGUUGUGAAUUUUGUUCAAUGAGGGAAAACGCGCACGUGGUUCAGUCCACAGAAGAUCAUCAUCAUCAGAGACAUCAUAACCCAAUAACGAGUUUAAACUCUAAACUUGCAAAGACAUGGGCCACCACCAAAGUCUUCAUCUUCGUACUCUUCAUCAUGUUCCUUAGUGCCUCUGUCUCUUGGAUGUAUACGUCUGUAUUAGGUGAGAAUCGAUUCCAAGUAACAUCAAUAUUCAUAAGAAACACCAACAGAACCCCUACUACCACAACAACAAAAACAAUUACAGAUAUUCCCAAGAUCAUCAUCAAGAUCCCGUUGAACUGCACAUCACUCAACAGCACCACAACACAGACAUGUCCUUCAAAUUACCCAACCAAGUUCGAACCAGCGAUCUCUUCCUCGGAGACAUGUCCUGACUACUUUAGGUGGAUCCAUCGAGACUUAAAGGUAUGGCAAAAGACAGGGAUCACAAGGGAAACACUAGAGAAAGCAAGACCGAAUGCUCACUUCAGGGUAGUGAUAAAGUCAGGGAGAUUAUACGUUCAUCAAUACGAGAAAGCAUUCCAAACAAGAGAUGUGUUCACUAUUUGGGGGAUUCUUCAGCUCCUAAGAAUGUAUCCUGGUCAAAUCCCUGAUCUCGAGCUUCUCUUCCUCUGCCAUGAUAGACCCGCCAUUUGGAAAAGAAACUUUAAGAAAAACAGUAAAGACACGUGGCCUCCUCCGCCGUUGUUUCACUACUGUGGUCACCGUGAUGCCUACGACAUCGUAUUCCCUGAUUGGAGCUUCUGGGGAUGGCCAGAGCUAAAUAUUAAGGAGUGGAAUAAGUUAUCUGUGGCACUAAAAGAAGGGAACAAAAGAGUGAAAUGGGAAGAUAGAGUUCCGUCCGCUUAUUGGAAAGGAAACCCUCAUGUUUCUCCUAUAAGAGGAGAUCUUAUGAGAUGUAACUUCUCCGACAAGUAUGAUCCUAUGGUUCGUCUCUAUGUCCAGGAUUGGAGGAGUGAGAUAGAGGCAGGAUUUAGAGGAUCAAACCUUGAAGAUCAAUGCACUCACAGAUAUAAGAUCUACAUAGAAGGAAACGCGUGGUCAGUGAGCGAAAAGUAUAUACUUUCGUGUGAUAGUAUGACUCUAUUGGUUAAACCAGAGUACUACGAUUUUUUUAUUCGAAGUAUGGUUCCAAUGAAGCACUUCUGGCCCAUUAGACCAAAUAACAAAUGUAGUGACCUCAAAUUCGCAGUGGAAUGGGGUAAUAACAACACGGAAAAGGCACAAAUCAUAGGGAGACAAGGAAGUGGGUACAUGAUGAAGAACCUAGAGAUGAAGUAUGUGUAUGAUUACAUGUUGUAUGUGUUGCAAGGCUAUGGAAAACUGAUGAAGUUGGAUGUGACAGUACCUGUAAAUGCGACAGAAGUAUGUUCUGAGACGAUGGCGUGUCCAAUCACUGAUGGUGGUCUCAUCAGGCAGUGCAUGGACGACUCAUUGGUUAUGGCUCCGAGCGUCAAGGCUGCAUGCGAUAUGCCUCCUCCUUAUAGAGAUUAUGAGCUCAAGAAGCUACUUAAGAAACAAGUAAGUGCGGAAAGAAAAGUUGAGAAGUGGACCGAUGAGUACUGGAACUUGAGAGGUCCUAAAUAAGAUUGAUUUACACAAUAGUGAAAGUAUAGCUUGCAUGAAAAUAUUAAAGAUAAUCCAAUUUAGCCAACUGACUCAUACAAUGUGUGUUGUCUCUUCUUUUUUUUUUUGUUUCUCAUAUACUAUUCACAGGCAUAUUCUCAAAUUUGAACUAGGAUUAUGACAUGGGGCAACAUUAGACCAGUAAGUAUUGUUUAAAUUAAGGAGAUAAUUGGUUACUAAUAAUAAUGGCAUCUAAUCAAUUCCUAAAUACUAUGCUUUACUAGUAAAUCGGCAUUAGUAAAUAUAUGUGUAGGUAUAAAUACUUAAUU